CCCCAAAAAAGAAGAACUUUGCUGACACUGCUGGAGGAGAGACUGAUCCUGCCCCUGACACCAUGGGGCCUGUCAGCUACUCAUCAGAGACCUACGACUUGAGCCAGGUGGAGCUGAGCGGGUACGACGAAGCUGACAACACCACCCCUUCUUUGGAGGGCUACUUCUGCUUCAACCCCGCCUCAUCCAUAGUUGGCAACCAGAGAGACCCCUUCAGAAAGGUCUUCAUGCCCCUCAUCUACCUGCUGAUGUUCGUGCUGGGGACGGUGGGCAAUGCCCUGGUCCUGGUCAUUUUAGAGAGGUUCAAGCGGUCUCGCACUACCACAGAAAACUUCCUCUUCCACCUCACCCUGGCCAACCUGGCGCUGCUGCUCACCUUCCCUUUCAGCGUGGUGGAGAGCUUGGCCGGGUGGGUGUUUGGGAAGUUCCUCUGCAAGAUCCUCAGUGCCGUGCACAAGAUCAAUUUCUACUGCAGCAGCAUGCUGCUGGGGUGCAUCGCAGUGGACCGCUACCUGGCCAUUGUCUACGCCAUCCACACCUACCGCAAGCGCCGAGCUCGCUCCAUCCACCUCACCUGCACGGCCGUCUGGCUCUGCUCGCUGCUUCUGACCUUACCCGACCUCAUCUUCAUGGAAGUCUGGACAGACGACAGCAACCGCAGCAUUUGCUAUUUUCCAGAGGUUGGGAUCGAUGGCAACAACGUCUGGCUGGCGACCCGCUUCCUCUACCACACCGUGGGCUUCUUCGUGCCGCUGCUGGUCAUGUGUUACUGCUACACGGCCAUCGUCCGGGCCCUGUGCCAGUCCCAGCGCCUGCAGAGGCAAAAAGCUGUCCGCGUGGCCAUCCUGGUAACCGGGGUCUUCCUGCUCUGCUGGAGCCCAUACCAUGUUGUCAUCUUCCUCAACACACUUACCAAGCUCGAAGCCUUCACCAAGAACUGCCUCCUGGAAGACCAGCUGGACACAGCCAUCAUGGUGACGGAGGCCAUCGGCUUCACGCACUGCUGCCUCAACCCCAUCCUCUACGCCUUCAUUGGAGUCAAGUUCCGUAACGACUUCUUCCGCAUCCUGCAGGAGCUGGGCUGCAUCAGCCAGGAGACCCUGCAGGAGAUCCUGGAGGUGACAAGGAAGGGCAGCGGGAUCGAGUCUGACAACACCACCUCCAUCUCCACUUUCUAG